AUGCCUCCAGGAUUCCAAAAUAUCCUCUUUGUGGUAUUUUUUGUUAUCUAUGUUUGUACAGUUAUUGGAAAUGUCUUGGUUAUAUUGAUAAUCUUCUUGGAUACUACUCUUCACAAGCCCAUGUAUUUCUUCCUAGCCAACCUAUCCCUCAUAGAAAUAUUUUAUUCUACAAGUGUGAGUCCAAAUAAUUUAAAGAAUUUUCUCAGUGAGGACAGAACUAUUUCCUUUGUGAGCUGCUUUACCCAAGCGUAUUUCUUCGUUGCGUUAGGGGUUUCAGAGUGUGUCCUCCUCUCUGCUAUGGCUUAUGACAGGUACAUUGCUAUAUGUCAGCCCUUGUUAUACUCGGUACGUAUGAAUCCUAAAUGCUGUUUACAGCUAGUUAUGUUCUCUUUGACUAUGGGGUUUCUAAAUUCGCUUAUACACACUGUUUCCAUAGCUACAUUACGCUUCUGCAAGGAUCGUAUAAUCCAAAAUUUUUUCUGUGAUUUUCCACAAAUUCUGAAACUUGCCUGCACGGAUGCUAAACUUCAUGAGUUAGCAUCAAAUUUAGUUGGAGGAUCUGUCAUACUUGGUAGCCUUAUUUUUACACUUGUUUCCUACAUUUGUAUUCUCAGAGCUGUGUUUAGCAUCCAAAGUUCACAUGGAAAACACAAAGCAUUUUCUACUUGUGGGUCUCAUCUUAUGGUGGUCACCAUUUUCUAUGGGACUAUCAUUCUAAAUUAUAUGAUACCUGUAUCAAUUUCUUAUAAUUUACAAAACAAAGUGAUCUCUGUAAUGUAUGGAGUUAUGACUCCUUUUAUUAAUCCCAUAAUCUACAGUUUUAGGAAUGCAGACUUUAUGAAAGCUAUUAACAAAAUAAUUGUUGAGAAAAAGAAAAGGAUCAUUUAA